UUCGUAAACAACACAGGUUCUUGGAGAUUAUCGUUUUGUUGGGAACGUUUUUCAUUUUGGUGUCACGCAAAUGGACAUACGGGACAUGUAUCGACGUAAUUUGUCCAGGAAGACAUUUAAAAAACUUAUAUAGAAAUUCCAGGAUACUGGAGACUUCACCAAUAUUAAAAAAUUGAAAAUUAGGUCAAAUCGGAGGCCUCGAUCGUGUUAGUGGCCCCCAACACGAUUGUAAGCCCCUUAUCGCCCUUAAUCAAAUUUCAGUAGAAAAAUUGGUGACCUGUAGAGCUUGGAAAAGUCCAAAUUUCUAAAUUUUCUAUUCUAAUGUUAAGAAAAUAAAAUGCAAUCGAGUGGUAAGCAGUAUUUUGAAGGUUGCGGCAAGGAGGGACAAAUACGAUGCAUAUUUCUUAGUGAAUUCCAUGCAACAGCCGGAUCGAAAAUAAGCUGCCAGGUCCCUCCCGACUACGUUCAGAAGGAUGUCUUUGAUGCCAUAAGCGUUUACAUCAUACCAAAGCCUCAUUUGCAGAAAUGUAUUCUCACGGUGAAUGCUAUGGAUAUCAAAAUAGUUGGCUAUCCCGUUGGCAUAGAGGAUCAACAGAAAUAUGCACGAAAUGCAUUUCUAUUCAAUUUAUGUUUUGUUUGUGACUCGUGGGCAAGAUCUGUACAAUAUGAGCCAGUUGUCAAGAAAUUAUCUGAAUAUUUGAUAAUGAUGGAAGAAGAGAGUUGUUUUCUAUCCAAGGAGGGCGACAAUAAAUUGAAAUUAAUGAAGAUUUUCGAGACUGUUAUCAACGAUUUGAACAAGAAGAAAGUGACAACUAUUGUGGAGGGCGAUACGACAAUUUAUUUAAAAAUUGUAACACACAAACCAGACCCACCUGUUGUUAAAGAUCACAUGGUGCCUUUGUUGCUGGUGGAUUAUCAAAAUACGCCUCUGGAAAAUUGGGAUUUAACAACACAACAGAUACUACCCUAUAUAAAUGGCAUUAAUCACAUUGCUCGUAUUGCUGCUGAGGCAGAUGUGGAGACGAAUCUAGUAAAAUCUUGUGUCCAAAAUUUAGUGUAUUAUGGAGUAGUACAACUCUUGCCAAUUUUGAAAUAUUCUAAUGUUUAUAUGACACAAAAUCUCAAAAGUCUCAUACAAAAUCCAUCACUGACCAAUGCUUGUCGGAAGUAUGUUGCCCUUAAACCGGACAAAGUUAAACCCACAAUACAGAAAAUCUUCCAGUUUUAUGCUUCAAUGACUCAUGGUGUAACAUUGCGAGUCAUAUGUCAACGUCUAUGUCCACAAAAUCAUAAUAUCGAUGAAAGAAAAUUGGUUAUAUUUGGUUUACAGCAUAAAUUUAUACGUUGUAUUCACAAGUAUCCAGUAUUUACGGGUUCAGUGCCUUCGGGCCGACAAAAAAUGUAUACUGGACUAUCAAAUUUCGAUGAAAUUUGUUGCAAGACCGGUUUGUCGCCAUCUAGCAUAGAGAAAGACAUCGAUAAGGAUACAAAUGUUACUGUUAUUUGGAAAUAAAGUUAUAUUUUUUAAGGUAAAAAAAUAUUUUCGUUAACAUCAUUUUAAGUUUUGACAAAAAUUAUUAUGAACAUAGUAUAAUUAUUU